GUGGAGUGGAGUGACCCAGUGAAACAAAACAGAGGACACCUGUGAUUUCUCUAAAACUAGUGCUACUACACUAGUUACUAUGAUUGUUACUUAAAAACUAUUAUAUUAUUGCUAUUUUCUUAUACCUAUUGACUUAAUACUACUUAUCUACUAGUUAUUAUUCUUACAUCUACUAGACUAUCGUUUAUGCUUUAAAAAAACUAGGACUAAAAUUCUAAAUAUUAUGUUCCUUUGUUUAAACAAAUUAAUUACUACUAUACUUAUACUACUCUAUUUAUCUAUUGACUUAAAUUAUGGUUCUAUUUCAUAUGACUUAUACUUUUGUAUAUAAUAUUCUUUUCAUUUUCUUACUUUAUUAUAAACAGUAUUAUUUUACUUUAACAAUGAGUUAUUAUUAUUAUUUAUACUUAUAUGGCUGUGUUUUAAAAUCUAAGUCGAAUGAAUAUACCGAGAUAUAAAAUUAUAUGGAUGUACGGUAUAAGUAUGUGAAUGCGCGACCGAGCGAAAAUUAUUCUAAGUCCUGAGCACCAAAAUCAAAGGAAAUAAAAUAAAAACGCUUAUAUAGGUUUCGAAUAAGACGUUUAAAAGUUUUAAGAGAUUGAAAGAAUUAUAAAAUGAACAGAAAUACGAGAAAUAUUGGUGAAAUUAAAAUAAACUUUAAUAUUUCAAUCGUUCAUUCUUUCAUUUUCUAUCCGUCCGCCCGGAUUAUCGUCGCUCACACGGCUAAGUUCUCGGGACUUAGUAUUUAUUUAACAGCUUAAACGAAUUCUUUUCUUUUAAAUUCAAUUUUACUUUGGAUAAAAUUAUUUUUACUCGAUUUCCUUUGACUUAUUAACUCGGGACUUAGAAAAUAUUUUACAACAGUAGACUCUCGAUGUCAACAACAGAGGGCGAGGGAAUUUAUUCCCGUUCACCUCUACAACGGGUAGAUAUAGAGAUAAGACCGCGCAUUUAAGCCCGGAAAGGCAACCUAGUUCUCCAGAGAAGUUGUCUGAGAAGACCAUUCACGGACAACUGACGGAAACUCUCGUACCAGGCGUCCGACCGGACCAGGUAAGUGCAGUUUUUCAUUCUCAUGGAGGGUUGAGGGACUCCACCCUGAGGCCUUCUGCCGAGGGGUGGUGGGUAUUUGGGAACCGAGUAGGUGAGGGUCUGUUGGAGACCAUCCACUGAUCCUCAUGGGAUGGGACUUCGUGUAGGGCCGACGGGGUAGUCGACCAGACUCCCCUGAAGCACCCGGGGAGGGGUAGUACCGCGUGGUAGACCGCGAAUCUUUUGAGUAUGUGUGUGACCGUGUAACCGUGUAAACCGUGUAUAGAUUGUUUAAUUAGCAAUAAACCGUGUAAAUUGUUGAAUAAACAACAAGCCGUAAUUUUAUAAUAUUGAAACCGCGUUUAAUUAUUAAUAUUAAUUAUUGUAAGAGGUAGUAGAAAAGGGCUGGAAGCCAUUAUGCAAGCUUCAACUAUCCAAGAGUUCACGAUGGAAGAGGAGAUGGAGCUGUUAGAGCGAAUGGUCCAACAACAGCCGUGCCUGAUUUUGGAGCCAAUCGCCGAGCCAACCACCGAGACAAGCACCGAGAUCACCACACUCCCAACUACCUCAGCAACUACCUCGUCAAGUACAGCCACCAAUACCCGGAAAAGGCCCGACAUACAGCUAAGGGAGGUCCAAAAAGUGAAGUACCACCUGGUCAAAAAGGUCGAGCCAUACGACCCGACCAAGCCCGGUUUCAAAAGGCCAACCAAAAGGCCCGUAAUUCGGCCAGCCAGCGCCGAAAUAAUAAAACUUGCCAAACCAGUAAAGGCGACCACCAACCCGGGCCCACUGGUAAUCAGCGGUCCCCAGUCAACGGCCGAACUGGUUGGGGAGAGCCCCCGUGGGAAACACAACGAUCCCACGAGCACCAACCUCGAUACUGGCCACGUCAGCAGUAAGGAGCAGCUCGACAACGACGAUGCCUUUCCCGCUCGAGCCACAGCGAGUUUCCCUAAGAAGAAACGGAGGAUAGGGGGACAGAGAAGGGAAUCGACUGCGACCAACCCGGGCCCACUCGUAACGAGCAGUCCCCAGUUGGGCAAAUUGAUCAAAAAGGUAAAUCCAGUGAUCAGGAACGAGGCGACAACCACGACGAGACCUAUUAAAGUAAUUGUCACCAACCCGGGCCCAUUCCGAAGGAACGGUCCCCAGCUAGCAACAAUCGAACCUGGGAAAACAAAGAAAGGACUUGCUACCAACCCGGGCCCAUCCUCAAGGGACAGUCCCCAGCUGGCAACAACCAUCAACGCUGGCUGGAUUGACUACGAUGACGCACCUCUAUUAGCCGACUAUCCGGAGUACGUUGAGUCCAGCCCGGAGGAUCUGUUUCCGCCACCGAAAAAGGUCCAGACACCGUUGCAGCGGCUACUGGCAGCAUUGACCCCUCUAGCCGAAGUAAGGCCAAAGACUGUGGCCAAGAAGGCAAGUUUUACCGCCUACGAUGAAACAUUGAGGGUAUACAAGGUGACUCGGUAUGUAAAAGGUCCAACGCCGAAGAUAGAGCCGACGGGGAAGACUGUCUGGGACAUGCUGGCCAGACUCAGGGAACGAGAGGAAUAAAAAGACAGGAAGAAAAGAGGAUAGCAGGCUAUCCCCUUUUCUUUGUUGAGGUAGGAGGGGUGUGAUGGUGGAGUGGAGUGACCCAGUGAAACAAAACAGAGGACACCUGUGAUUUCUCUAAAACUAGUGCUACUACACUAGUUACUAUGAUUGUUACUUAAAAACUAUUAUAUUAUUGCUAUUUUCUUAUACCUAUUGACUUAAUACUACUUAUCUACUAGUUAUUAUUCUUACAUCUACUAGACUAUCGUUUAUGCUUUAAAAAAACUAGGACUAAAAUUCUAAAUAUUAUGUUCCUUUGUUUAAACAAAUUAAUUACUACUAUACUUAUACUACUCUAUUUAUCUAUUGACUUAAAUUAUGGUUCUAUUUCAUAUGACUUAUACUUUUGUAUAUAAUAUUCUUUUCAUUUUCUUACUUUAUUAUAAACAGUAUUAUUUUACUUUAACAAUGAGUUAUUAUUAUUAUUUAUACUUAUAUGGCUGUGUUUUAAAAUCUAAGUCGAAUGAAUAUACCGAGAUAUAAAAUUAUAUGGAUGUACGGUAUAAGUAUGUGAAUGCGCGACCGAGCGAAAAUUAUUCUAAGUCCUGAGCACCAAAAUCAAAGGAAAUAAAAUAAAAACGCUUAUAUAGGUUUCGAAUAAGACGUUUAAAAGUUUUAAGAGAUUGAAAGAAUUAUAAAAUGAACAGAAAUACGAGAAAUAUUGGUGAAAUUAAAAUAAACUUUAAUAUUUCAAUCGUUCAUUCUUUCAUUUUCUAUCCGUCCGCCCGGAUUAUCGUCGCUCACACGGCUAAGUUCUCGGGACUUAGUAUUUAUUUAACAGCUUAAACGAAUUCUUUUCUUUUAAAUUCAAUUUUACUUUGGAUAAAAUUAUUUUUACUCGAUUUCCUUUGACUUAUUAACUCGGGACUUAGAAAAUAUUUUACAACAGUAGACUCUCGAUGUCAACAACAGAGGGCGAGGGAAUUUAUUCCCGUUCACCUCUACAACGGGUAGAUAUAGAGAUAAGACCGCGCAUUUAAGCCCGGAAAGGCAACCUAGUUCUCCAGAGAAGUUGUCUGAGAAGACCAUUCACGGACAACUGACGGAAACUCUCGUACCAGGCGUCCGACCGGACCAGGUAAGUGCAGUUUUUCAUUCUCAUGGAGGGUUGAGGGACUCCACCCUGAGGCCUUCUGCCGAGGGGUGGUGGGUAUUUGGGAACCGAGUAGGUGAGGGUCUGUUGGAGACCAUCCACUGAUCCUCAUGGGAUGGGACUUCGUGUAGGGCCGACGGGGUAGUCGACCAGACUCCCCUGAAGCAACCGAGAAUGGGGGUAGACCGCGAUUUUAGACCGCGAAUCUGUUAGGUAUGUGUGUGUGUGUGUGUGUGUAUACUUUGUGUGACCGCGUGGAAUUAUUAAUAACCAGCGGCAUUUUUGUUAUUAAACCGCGUUAAAAGUAUGGAUAUUAUUCUAUUGUAAAGGUAGUAGAACUGAGCAUCGGAGCUCAUGUAAAAAAAAGGUUUUGUUUGUUUUCUUAUUUAAAUAAAGUUUGAUUAUUGUUUAUUCGAAAAACUGUGUAUAAAUUAAAGACCCCUUUUGAACCCUGGACUCC